UUCGGACAGUAAUAUUCGAAGACGACGACGACGUUGUUGAUAAAGUGCCGGAAACGUCGAAAGAGACGCUCCGCGUCGGAUUUCUCGCGCUCUUCCUCGCGCUCGCUCCUCGGUUUUCGCAGAUUUUCGCCGUUAUCUCCAUGAGCUCCGUCGCUGAAAAAUUAGCAAGCGGUCGAUCGAUUUUUUCCGCAGUGAAAUCCCAUGUCGUACGCGUAGUGCGUACUGACAUAGCACAAACAGUUAAUGUUGCGAUCAAUAACAGGAGUCCGGCGUUCGGUAUCCGGUGGUCUGAAUGAUCCGAACAUUACGGCCAUUUGUAUCGUCUACUGUUACAAAAAUAAUAAACCGUCGUUCCAAGUGUUGAUUCUGAUUGUUGUAUCGUUUUUGCUGUUUAUCGAAAAGUUUACGCUGCGCGUAACAAUGCGGGGAGUAGGUUCGACGUUAGUGCCGCAGCCGGCACCAGUAGCGCUCCAGCAGAGACAGCAGUAUAUGUCGAAUUUCUUUGUGCACAGCAACGGCAGUUCCGACGGCGGCUCGCAGACGGUUCAUUACGACCGCUUCACGUCGUCGCAUCUGAUGGACCUCAGCAGCCCGCCGGACCAUCAGCAUCAGCAGCAGCAGCAGCAGCAGCAGCAGCAGCAGCAGCAGCGGAAUCUGUCGGAUUAUCAUCAGCCGGGCAGUCAUCAUCCCCAUCAUCAGAUCCCGGCCGGUUUCGUGUCACAAAUCCCUCACUUAGUCUACAACGGUCCGGAGGAGAUGUCCGCGGGCUUUCAUCAUCCCCAUCAGCAUCAUCGCCAAACGCAGAAUCACUCCAACGACAAGCUCCUGAGGGACUAUCAGCAGCAGCUCGACUACGAGCAGCAGAUAGAUUCGCAUCAGAACAACGGCGUGCUCAAGCCGCUGCACUCGACCAACACCUCGCCCUCCGAGUUCCUGUCGGAUUACAGCCGGGACCAUGAACAGAGUAUCUGCGCUCUCACGCCGUCGUCGCAGGACGUGUACUCGCCCGGUUGCUGCGACGAGCUCACGGCACCCGGUUCCGUCCAGUCGGUCCAGGGAUCCUACCAUCAGACGGAUAUGAUGGAGUACAAGCCGCGGGACGGGCAAUUGGCGUACGGUUGCAACACGGCGAUAACGACAGCGACGACGGCGGCGGCGGCAACGACGACGGCAACGACGCUGGAGCACCCCGUAACGGAACCGUCGUCGUCGACGUCGACGACGAAGCGUUACGAAGCGGCGGACGGCAGUCACAAGCCGAGCGUCAGGAAGAAACGGAGAUACAACAGUAACGGCAGCAGUGACCACAGCAAUCAGACUAACAGCAACGGCGAGUCGGAGGGUGAGAGCGUGUCGGCUUCUACCACCAAGAUAAAGGUGCGCCGGAAAAGUGGUGCGACUAACGAGGAAGUGCAGGCCCAGAGAGCGAUGGCGAACGUGCGCGAACGUCAGAGAACGCAGUCCCUCAACGAGGCGUUCGCCGCCCUCAGGAGCAUCAUUCCCACGUUGCCGAGCGAUAAGCUGAGCAAAAUCCAGACGCUCAAACUGGCCACAAGGUACAUCGACUUCCUGUUUCAAGUACUGAAGUCCAGUGCCGCCGACGAGACCGACAACACAGGACUUAGGGAUCGCUCCAGGGAUGCGAUUAAGGCCGCGAAAGAAGCUACAUCGACGACCUCUAAUUACAUAUCGCACGACAAAUUGUCUUAUGCUUUUAGCGUCUGGAGGAUGGAAGGCGAUUGGUAUCCAAAUCCUUAGGAGAUAAGUAGCUAGUAUAUUGUUAUAAUAGUAACAGUAAUAAUGUUUAAGAUAAAACGACGAAAGAUCGAAAUUUUUUUGUGAAAUUUACUGCAAAAUAUCUUUGCUUAACAAAAAUACAAAUAAAAUUUUUACGUCAAAUUGUGUUUGAGAAAACAAUUGCUAUAAAAAAAAUAAAACUAUAUUUUUCUUUAAAAAAUCGAUACAGAAUAUAUCGUCGUUAUUUCGACAAUUCACAAUCCUAUGUAUUGAUAUUAACAAUAUUAUUUAACGAUAUUGAUAAAAACAAAUCUGUCUUUCUGUUCGAUGUUUCUGCGUUUAUUGCACAUAUUGAUUUACGAUCUUUCGCUGGUCUUUUCGAGACCUAUUACUUUCGUAUCAAAAUAAAAUUGAAUGAGUGUGAAAUAAAAUUUUGCUACGAAAGUAGAUUUGGACCAUUGAUUUGUGGAGCGAAAAUACGAGGUUUUGCGAAAGCAAUUGAAAAAGCACUAUUACCAAAAUAAUUUUAGGGAUCGCGUUAUGCAUUCGUUCAUGCCUCCGCAGUCACUCUGUCAGCUAACGAAAGAGAUUUCUAUCAGAGAUCGAACAUUGGAAAAUGAGUACUAGCGGCGCGUGAAACUAUUCUAGUGCGGAUUGAUCUCACACACACGAUAUAAUUACACAUUUCUCUUCCGGUUUCGCUUUACCGCCCUUUGAAAUCUAAUCACGGCAGUUAAUUCUGUCCCCGUUAAUUCCGCGCCGCGGCAUCGCUCGCACGCUCGCAAUAAUGUAAGCCAAUAAUUUAUCCGUCUUCUCGUCGGACUAUUAACGGCGCGACAACUCGCCGCGGUGUGCGGCGAGCAAAGGCCGCGUCGUUGUCGCCGACAACGUAUGUGCGUAAAGCGCGCUUAUUAGCCAGCGUCGCGUUACGCACCUGCAUUAAUCAACGAAAUUAUCUCGUCGCGCGGCAGCAAAAACGAUCGUGGCAUGAUGGAUCUUUGUUCCCGUUCGCGUGGAUUAAAUUGGUAUCCCGGUGCGAGUGCGAUCGCACUUGUCUCGUGUUACUCGCUUCGAAGUAAACCAUAAUACAUAUAAACGUUAUAAAAAUUUCUCGGGUUCCUAAAGUAAGAGAAUUUCGGAGAUUUUAUAACUCGGCUGCUUAUCUCGGGUAUAUGAGAAGGAAUAAUUUUAUCGGGAUUGUCACUGGAGAAACAAUUAUAUAUGAAAAGGAACAAUUUUAUUGGAAUUGUCACUGGAGAAACAAUUAUAUAUGAAAAGAAACAAUUUUAUUGGGAUUGUCACUGGAGAAACAAUUAUAUAUGAAAAGAAAUAAUUAUAUAUCAAAAGAAACAAUUAUAUAUGAAAAGGAACAAUUUUAUUGGGAUUGUCACUAGAGAAACAAUGAUAUAUGAAAAAGGACAAUUUUAUUUAGAUAUAUAUUAUCACUGGAGGAUUUUUGCAUUUCCUUUUAGCGUAUCCUUUUAGUCCGGCUAAUUGUCGAACAGCAUGUUCCGAGCUGUUCAAUUGGCCGCGCAAAAUAUUUUUAUUCUAUUAUAAAGAUAUGACAGGGCAUCUCGUGAGAUGUCUUCAGUAAAGAAAUAUAUAUAUAUUCACAUAUAUAUAUUUUAUGCAAAAAGAUAUAUAUACAGAUA